AUGCCGUUUCGUCGUUCGCCUGCUUACCAUCCUUCCGUUUCGCUCGAUUUCCGUGAUGAUGACCUUUUUUUAUUUGCUCCUCCUGCAAAUCCAUUUUCGCGCUAUGCGUUAAUCGGAUCGCUCGAUUGUCGUAUUGAAAAUCUUGAACAGGAGCCAGGCGAGAUUCGAGUCUGCUCGUUGCCAUUCUCCGACGACUAUUUUUGGUGCUUUCUUGAUCCGACCAAUGGCGAGCUCGAAACCUUGAGGAUUCCGGCUGCAGCGAGUCGAAAUGUGCAACUUAUUUGCAAGACAGUGGUUGUGCCUCAGCGCUUGAUUGGAACUAACCUCACGGCUCUACUGGUCGCUUCUCCGAUUCCUCGUUCCACUGCUCUUUCCCGAUUGCGUCCAGGCAAAUACGAAGUGACCUUCCAGUUC